AUGCCGAGACGUGGUAUGUACUCUACAAGUAAUGUUUCGGUGAUUGAUGGGUUGUUUGAGAUUUCGAAACCUGUGGAAUUGGAUGGUAUGUGGGGAUAUGGAGGUGGGUAUACGGCUGCCAAGGUGGAUACCCAUGCAAACCCUAGUUCGAAUGCUACGGAGACGGUUCAGGAUGCUGAUGUGCUUAUUCCUCGUGAGGUAAAUAAGAAGGUCCAGGAAAAAUUCGAGAAUGUUUUGUAUGGAUAUUUUUUGGGCAACCGGCUUCCAUUUCCUGUUGUGGAAUACUAUGCCAAAAAUGUUUGGUCUAAACAUGGGUUUGCCAAGAUUAUGAUGAACUCUGAAGGGUUCUUCUUUUUUAAGUUUAAUUCUAAGGAGGGGAUGCUGAAAGUGCUCGAAGAAGGGCCAUGGUUAAUUAGAAAGGUUCCUCUUUUCUUGAAUGUUUGGUCGCCUUCGGUCAACCUCAGGAAGGAGUGUAUUAAAUCGGUUCCGGUUUGGGUUAAAUUCCAAAAUGUUCCUAUUGCAGUUUAUACGGAUGAUGGGCUGAGUUUGUUAGCGUCUAAGUUGGGUACUCCUAAAAGGUUGGAUGGCUAUACGGCGGAUAUGUGUGUGGAUAAUUGGGGAAGAAGUAGUUUUGCCCGUGCCUUGAUUGAGAUUAAUGCGGAUAAUGAUUUAAAGGACUUUAUUACGGUGGCCAUCCCGAAGCUUGAUGAGGAUGGCUAUAUUACUGAAAAGGUGAAGGUUGAGUACGAAUGGAAGCCUCAGCGUUGCUCGGUGUGCUGUGUCUUUGGUCAUAAUGACCAAACAUGCCCUAAGAAUGUCGUAACUAAAGCUAAGCAAGUUGUCAUAGAUGACGAGGGUUUCAUAACGGAUAAGAGGAAAACGGCUAGAAUAGGGGUUAUGCAAAAGAAACAGAAGGCUAAAUUUGUGUAUAGGCCGAAAGUAGGCAACUCGGGUGCGAGCACGUCGGGUACGAAGAAUGAUAAGCCGGAUUCUAGUGUGAAUGGCAAUGUGGCAACCAAAAACUCAUUUGAAGCUUUAUCUAAAGCAGAUGGGGAUGCGGAUAACUCUCUUGCUAAUGAGAAAUCAACGGGGCCAAAGGCGGAUGUAAGGAAUAGACCGAAUGUUAGUUGUGAGGAAGAGGAGGCUGUUGAGGUUGUGCCUACGGAAAUGUCUAAAUUUAUGAGUGAUACUUCUCGUGGAAACAAUGCUGAGGGGGCAAGCACUCCCGGGUUUACGGAAUCUCACAUCCAUGUGAAUAAGUUAUCCGAUAUUUGUAGCAAAGUCUUUAGGAAUUGGUGUUGGACGUCUAAUGGUGGGUUAUGUUCCAGAGAAAAUAAGUACCAUGACCGUCGAUCACUAUGGAAGGAUUUAUGCAAUUUUAAUGCCUUGGCUCGUGAGAAACCAUGGAUAGUCCUUGGAGAUUUUAAUGUGGCUCUUAAUAUGGAAGAUUGUCUAUCUGGUCCUUCUAACCAUUCUAUUGGCAUGAGGGAGUUCUAUGAUUGUGUUAAGGAGACUGAAUUACUUGACAUUCUGAGCCAUGGCAUCCAUUAUACGUGGAACCAAAAGCCUAGAGAGGGUAUUGGAGUCAUGAAGAAGUUAGACCGUGUUAUGGGUAAUCUUAAAUUCCUGGAACUUUUUCCGUAUGGUCAUGCCCUUUUUAAACCGGCUCGUAUAUCGGAUCAUUCUCCUUGUAUUUUGAAGAUUUCAUCGACGGCCCGUAGUAAACCUAAACCAUUCAAAUUCCCUAAUUUUAUUGUUACUAAAGCGGAGUUUAGGCAGGCUGUUUCAUGUGAAUGGGCUAAGGAUGUUCAAGGUUACUCUAUGUUCGCUGUAGUGAAGAAAAUUAGAAACUUGAAACCUAUCUUUCGCAAAAUCCUCUUUCGGCAAGGUAACUUGCAUGAGAGGGUUGCUGAUUUACGGCUAAAGCUAGACCAUAUUCAGCAACAAGUGGAUGCUAAUCCUUUGGAUUUGAUGCUUCGUGACGAUCAUGCCAAAUGUCUUCGGGAAUUUCAAACGGCGGCGUAUGAUGAGGAGUGCUUCCUUAAGCAGAAAGCCAAGGUUGAGUGGUUGUGUGCAGGGGAUGCGAACACGGCUUUCUUUCAUAAGUGUGUGCAAAGUAGGAAUGCUAGAAAUAAAAUUUCGAGUAUUAUGGAUGUGCAAGGGAACCGGUAUGAAGGAGAUCAAGUUCGAACAGCCUUUCUUAAUCAUUAUACUAAUUUUUUGGGUAUGGAGGACCAGGUGGAGAACCUUGAUAUUGGGGAUCUUUUUGUUAACACGCUGACCGAUUUUUCAGCUAAUCAUAUGGUGCGUUCGGUGACGCGAGAUGAGGUCAAGAAAGCUAUGUUCGGAAUUGGUGAAAACAAAGCUCCAGGCCCGGAUGGGUACACUUCUGAUUUCUUUAAACAUUCUUGGGAUGUAGUGGGUGAUCAAGUUACGAACGCUGUUCUAGAUUUUUUUGAGAAUGGCCAAAUGUUAAAGCAAAUCAAUCACACUAUUAUAGCGUUAGUCCCUAAAAAGGAAUCCCCUAACACGGUGCAGGAUUACAUGCUGAUCUCCUGUUGUAAUGUCCUCUUUAAAUGCAUAAGCAAGAUUAUUACUGAUAGAAUUAAAGGAAGCUUGGAUGGUUUAGUCAGCAUAAAUCAAUCGGCUUUUGUUUCGGGUCGAAAAAUUACUGAUAAUAUUCUUCUGACGCAAGAGCUUAUGCACAACUAUCAUAUUGAUAGAGGCCCGUCUAGAUGUGCCUUGAAGAUUGAUAUCCAAAAGGCUUAUGAUACUGUCAACUGGUCUUUUCUUGAAGCUGUCUUGUUGGGUUUUGGGUUUCAUCGAAAAAUGGUCAUUGGAAAGAGGGGUCUUAGACAGGGUGACCCUCUGUCUCCGUACUUAUUCACACUAGUCAUGGAAGUCCUCUCUCUUCUUCUUCAGCGUGCCACGACGGUUGACUCAGGUUUUAAAUUUCAUGCGCAUUGUGCUAAACAAAAGAUUAUUAACGUGUUGUUUGCAGAUGAUCUGUUCAUAUUUGCCCAUGUUGAUUGUGUCUCGAUUAAGUUGAUAAGGGACGCUCUUCAAAGGAGGGUUCCCUUCCUGUCCGCUAUCUUGGAGUGUCUUAUAUCUUCAAGACUUGCGUAUAGUGAUUGUAAAAUUCUGGUUGAACGGGUACAAAGGAGGAUCGACAAUUGGCUGUCUAAGUCGCUAUCUUUUGCGGGGAGGCUACAGUUGAUCAACUCGGUCAUAUCUGCUAUGUAUACUUACUGGGCUUCAGUUUUCAUGCUACCGGUCAGAAUUGUAAAGAAGCUUGAAAAAUGUAUGCGUCGGUUUUUAUGGAAUGGGGGGGUUCAAGGUUCGGUCCGUUCUAAAGUGGCUUGGAAGGAUGUUUGCUUACCGAAGACGGAAGGUGGUUUGGGUAUUCGGAGUGUCAUGGAUGUUAAUAAAGCGUUGAUCUCUAGCCAUGUAUGGAGUAUCAUUAAUAAUCGGCGCUCUCUGUGGGUUUCAUGGAUUCAUUCCUACAAGCUUAAAGGUACUAGUUUUUGGGAGGUUAAAUGCUCAUCUAAUCCGAGCUGGGGUUGGAGAAAGUUUCUCGCGCUUCGUAAUCAGAUCCGGCCUUAUGUUUGGAAGUCUAUUCAAAGCGGCCGUCAAACUAAUGCAUGGAGUGAUAACUGGUGUUCUUGCAGCCCGGUCCGUUACUUGAUUUUUCCUAGGCGUAUUGCCAAUGCAGGUUUCAACCUGCACACGACGGUUGCGGAGUUAAUCGAUGCUAAUGGUAAUUGGAAAUGGCCAAUGGCUUGGUAUGAUUUAUUUCCGGUGCUAAUAAAUAUUUCAGCUCCCACCUUAGUGGAGGAUGUGGCUGAUCGAUCUUACUGGAAGGAUUAUGAAGGUAACUUACGGCAUUUUCACUCUUCUGAAGCUUGGAACUCUUUUCGGAUGAGAAAUGUUAAAGUUGCUUGGGUUGAUGCGGUUUGGUUUAGCCAGUGUAUCCCUAGACACUCGUUUCAUGUUUGGCUAGUUAUUAACAACAAGCUAAAGACUCAGGAUAGGAUGUCUAUCUGGGAAGCGGGUAGUGCCACUAAUCUCAUCCUCAUGUGUUGUCCGUUGUGUUCUUAUGAUCGCGAUUCUAGGGAUCAUCUCUUCUUUCAGUGUUCUUAUGCCUCUGAGGUAUGGGAGACAGUUAGAGAAUGGGUUGAUAUGGGGAAAGUCAAUAACACAUGGAGUUCAGUUAUGGAUUGGAUGGAGAACAUCGCUAGCUCGAGGCAGCUCGACAGGAUUGUUUGCAAGAUUCUCUUAGGGGCUACUACCUAUUUCAUUUGGCAAGAAAGAAAUAAUCGGCUAUUUUCGAAUCUUCAGCGAUCCCCGGCUAUUCUCUCGCAAGUUAUUAUUAACACAGUUCGACUGAAGAUAAUGGGAUUCAGGAUUGCUAGACAACCGGACCACAUGAAGAUCCUUGACCGAUGGCAGAUCUCGAAGAAGGAUAUGUUGUCGGAUCCAGGCUAA